UGGAAUGGAAUGGGGGCGGGCCCCAGGGUGGGGGCUUUGGGCCCCGGGGCUCAGAGCAGGCCCUGACGCCGACUGGCUCCGCAGGUCCGGGCUGACGUCGCCGCCCAGAUGGCCUCCAGGCUGACCUCGCUGACCCUCCUGCUGCUGCUGCUGGCUGGGGAUAGAGUCUCCUCAAGUCUGAAUGGCGCCAGCCGCAACAUCACAGACCCAAAGACCCUGCCAGAGGAAAUCAAAGAAAACAUCUCAGAGAAAGAGAUCUCCAAGAAUGGCACCAGCCACAACAUCACAGACCCAAAAACCCUGCCAGGAGAAAUCAAAGAAAACAUCUCAGAGAAAGAGAUCUCCGAGGAUGGCACCAGCCACAACAUCACAGACCCAAAGACCCUGCCAGGGGAAAUCAAAGAAAACAUCUCAGAGAAAGAGAUCUCCGAGAAUCUACUCACUCAAAACACUGUGGGCUCUUCCGCCAUGCCGACAACCAACUCAACCAUCCUAAGAGCCAAAACCACCACGCAACCUAUCCAGCCAACCACCGCACCCACUACUGGGCCCCCGUGCCCGGAGCCUGUCACUUUCUGCUCUGAGUCAGAGAGUCGUUCAGCAGAGACCUUGUUGGGGGAGGCUUUGGUAGAUUUCUCAGUGAAGCUCUACCAUGCCUUCUCGGCAGUGAAGAAGGUCGAGGCCAACAUGGCCUUCUCCCCUUUCAGCCUCGCCAGCCUGCUCACGCAGAUCCUGCUUGGGGCUGGGAACAGCACCAAGACAAACCUGGAGACCACCCUCUCCUACCCGACGGACUUUGCCUGCGUCCACCAGGCCUUGCAGGCCUUCACAUCCAAAGGCUUCACCUCAGCCUCUCAGAUCUUCCACAGCCCAGACCUGGCCAUAAGGGAUGCCUUUGUGCAUGCCUCUCAGAGGUUAUAUGGCAGCAGCCCCAGAGUCCUGGGAAAUGACAGCAAUGAAAACCUGAAGCUCAUCAACACCUGGGUGGCAGAGAAGACUAACCAAAAGAUUGGCCAGAUUCUAAGUAGCCUGCCCUCCGACACUCGCCUCAUCCUCCUCAACACGAUCUACCUGAAUGCCAAAUGGAAGAUAACAUUUGAUCCCACAAAAACUAAGAAGGAGCGCUUUUACCUCAAAUCCUCUGAGAUAAAAGUGCCCAUGAUGAUUAGCAAAAAGUACCCGGUGGCCCAUUUCACUGACCCGACUCUGAAAGCCAAGGUGGGGCAGCUGCAGCUCUCCAACAACCUGAGCUUGGUGAUCUUGGUGCCCCAGAGUGUAAAACACCGUCUCGAAGACAUGGAAGAGGCUCUCAGCCCACAAGUCUUCAAGGCCAUCAUGAGGAAGCUGGAGAUGGCCAAGUUCCAGCCCACUCUUCUGAUGAUGCCCCGCAUCAAAGUGAAGACCAACCAGGACAUGUUGGCAGUCAUGGAGAAACUGGAAUUCUUUGACUUUUCUUACGACCUCAACCUGUGCGGGCUGACAGAGGACCAAGAUCUUCAGGUGUCUGCGAUGAAGCACCAGACCGUGCUGGAGCUGACGGAGACAGGGGUGGAGGCGGCGGCGGCCUCAGCCAUCUCUGUGGCCCGUACUCUGUUGGUCUUUGAAGUGCAGCAGCCCUUCCUCUUCCUGCUCUGGGACCAGCAGCACAAGUUCCCUGUCUUCAUGGGGCGGGUGUAUGAUCCCAGGGCCUGAGACCUUCCCCUCGGGCCUCAGCUCUCCCAGUGACAGCCCUGCCGCCACCUGCCUGGACUUGCCCCCGGCCACCUCCCACCUCUGGUGUCUUCUGUCCUUCACCUGGAGGGCUCCCUCGGGUUCUGGCGAAGGGACCUGCUUCUGGCAUCCCUUCCCUAUGACGCUCCAAACCACUUUUUGCAGCUUUCUCUGGUUUGAGUUCACUAAACUACAAAUAAAACCUGGCAGACCA